CAUAAGCACAGUCAGGGGUCAGACAGAGAGAAAGGCAUUCUCUAAAGCACAUAAACUUGAGAAUGGCUCCUUCAUUAUCCUCAACGUUCAGCUCCUCUUUACUGAAGUGGAUGGACGUCCAGGUGCUGCUGGUGUCCACCAUUGUCUUUCUGCUUCUAGCAGACAUCAUGCGGAGGCGCAGGCCAAAGACCUUUCCUCCAGGUCCACUGUGUUGGCCUGUCAUAGGCAACACAGUCACCAUUGACUUCAAGAAAGCCCAUCUGGAAAUGUGCCGGCUGGCUGAGCAGUAUGGGAAUAUCUACAGCCUUAAAACGAACUCCUCAUGGUCCGUGGUGCUGAACGGCUACAAGAUGGUGCGAGAAGCUUUGGUGACUCAAGGAGACACCAUGGCUGACCGGCCUGAGAGUGCACUUACAGUGGAGGUGUCCAACUGUCCUGGUGUUGUAACCAGCAAUGGAUAUUUAUGGAGACAACAGCGCAAGUUUGCCCUAUUUACCCUCAAGUCUUUCGGAGUCGGCAAGAAGUCUCUUGAGUCAGCCAUUUUAGAUGAGUUUACUCAUCUAUCCAGAGAUAUUGAAGAACUUGAUGGUAAGACAUUCAAUCCACACUUGACUACAAACUACGCUGUUGCCAACACCUCCCUUGUUUUUGGGCAUCGAUUUGAAUACACCGACAAGAAGUUCCAAACACUGCUGGCUAUGUUUGAAAAAAUGACUGAACUUGAAGUCUCCAUUUGGGCACAGACCCUCAGGAACAUCUAUGACCACGAGAAAGUUUUCCUGAGGGAAGAAAUCGAGCAGCACAAGAAAGACUGGGAACCCUCAGAGCCAAGGGAUUACAUCGACUGCUACUUGAAUGAGAUUGAAAAGAGCAAGGAGAAUACAGCUGCUGGCUUCACCGAGGACAAUCUGAUCAUGUGCUCCCUGGACUUGUUUGUGGCCGGCUCCGAGACCACGUCCACCACCCUGCGCUGGAGCUUUCUCUACAUGGCCAAGUACCCGGAGGUCCAAGAAAAGGUCCAGGCUGAGAUAGACAGAGUGAUUGGUCAGUCAUGCCUGCCUACCAUGGCAGACAGGGCGGACAUGCCCUACACUGAUGCGGUCAUUCACGAGAUUCAGAGGAUCGGCAACAUCGCCCCACUGGGCCUGCCCCGGUAUACCAAAGAUGUGCAACUCAGCGACUACCUCAUCCCUAAGGGUACCGAGAUAAUAGCAAAUUUGAUAUCAGUGAUGUUUGAUAAGGAAGAAUGGGAGACACCGCACACUUUUAACCCAGGGCACUUCUUGAACAAGGAGGAGAAGUUUGUGAAGAAUCCUGCUUCAUCCCAUUCUCAGCAGGGAAAAGAGUGUGUCUCGGGGAAAGCCUAGCCAAGAUGGAGCUCUUUCUCUUCAUCACAUCCUUCCUGCAGCGGUAUACUUUUUCAGUGCCUGCUGGGGUGAAGCCUGUGAUGGAUUUCCGUUUUGGCAUAACCCUGGCACCCCAGCCACAUGAAA